AUGAAGAAACAGUCUGAGAGAAAAGGGAUGGAACUUCUGCCAGAGAACAUGAUUAUGGAAAUCUUGUUUAAGUUGAAUGUGAAGUCUCUUGUUCGAUGCAAAAGCGUGUGCAAGUCGUGGCUAUCUUUGAUCUCUGAUUCUCACUUUAAAAAAUUGCAUUUUGAUCGUUCUGUUGCAACAGAGAAAUUUAUGUUCCUUUCAGAUCGGAAACUCACCACAAUAGACUUCAAUGCCUCCCUAAACUAUGAUUCUAGUUGUGUUCACUUCAAAGUACCACAUGGAAUUUUUGAUCCUAUAAAUUUUACAAUUGGAGGUUCUUGUCGGGGAUUUUUAGUUUUAGAAAGUGGGAAUGAUAAGUGCCUGUGGAACCCGUGCACAGGUUUCUACAAACAAGUUUGUGGGUCACCCUUUGAAUAUUCUCUUGAAACUACUUAUAAUUUGUUGUUUGAAGGUUUGGGGUAUGACCCAUUAACUGAUGACUACUUAGUGGUUGAACUUUUCAGUAAACUUUACUGUAUUGGUGGAAAAUAUGCACAGGUUUUCUCGAUCAGAGCUAAUAAGUGGAAGGAAAUUCAACCUAUCAAUUUGUCCUUCUCACCCUGUGACUCGGAGAAUUAUAGGUCAGGUAGAGUUUUGAAUAAUGCCAUUCAUUGGUUGGGUUGCUGUUUUAAGGAAGAGAUGGAUGUUUUCCUUAUCUUUGGCUUUGAUGUAACAAAAAGGAUGUUUUUUGAGAUAGCUGGGCCAGUUGAUGUUGCACCAAUUAAUCUUGCGAAUAGCAUGGAUAGAAAAUCUUUGACUGAAGUUGCAGGAUUGCUUAGUCUAUAUUGA